AUGACGAUUCAAUUUGUGACCUUUGGGAUGUUUAUCAUCGAUGAAUUUUCCUAUGCAGACGAGCAAGGGAAGCCUACCGGAGAAAUGAUUGGAGGUGGAGGAACGUAUGCUGCCAUCGGUGCUCGCAUGUGGUUGCCUCCUGAUACCCUUGGGAUGAUUGUCGACCGGGGGAACGAUUUCCCUCAGGAUAUUCAGAAUCGGUUACUGACGUAUGGUUCUGGCAUGUGGCACUUCCGUGACGACAUGAAUCGCGUUACCACACGAUCAAUGAAUUCGUACAGAGGAGAAUAUCGAGGUUUUGAAUACACUACUCCGCGGAUCAGACUCACGCCUCGCGACUUGGACAGCACGCGGCUGACACGUCCUGCUUCUGUUCAUUUCAUUUGCUCACCCACGCGUGCGCUUCAAAUCAUAUCAGAGAUCCAAGAAAUUGAAGGGUGGAACCCGACCGCAAUCUUUGAACCCAUACCUGAUAGAUGUAUUCCCGAGGAGUUGCCUUCGCUGAAAGCAGUCCUCCCACAUAUCGCAAUCCUGAGUCCAAAUGCUGAAGAGGCCUUAGCGCUGCUUUCUCUUCCGUCUAUUGUUACGAAAACUGCCGUGGAGAAUGCUGCAUCAGAGUUCUUGAAGAUGGGGGUUGGUAAAGCAAAUAGUGGAAGCGUUAUAAUACGCAGUGGUGCCCUUGGUGCAUACGUCAUAACCUCUGACAGGGAAGGGCAAUGGGUUGACGCUUUCUGGAGUUCCGCCGAGAACAUUGACAAGGUUGUCGAUGUCACAGGUGCUGGUAACUCUUUUCUUGGCGGGCUUGCUGCGGGCUUGUUCAAGGCAAAAGGAGAUAUCUAUGAAGCAACACUAUAUGCUUCGGUGUCAGCCUCUUUCACAGUUGAACAGCUUGGUCUUCCACACCUUACUCUGAGCAACGGAGUGGAAGAAUGGAACCAAGACUCCCCACACAGACGCCUUGAAGUUCUGCGGCAACGACAAGACAGAGAAAUAGAAAAUAAAAAUCAUUAG